AUGGAUACGGGAAAAAUAUUUUUGCCCCCCAACAUAGCUCUGCCGUGCAAGUUAAAAUGGGCCGUAGAUAACAACACCAUAGUUAGCUCGAACCAAAUAAUUGCCUUUGUCAUUGAGACGGGGCAGGACCGCAUCGACGUGGAGCGAACGGCAGAAUCGCACACGGAGGGACCCCUCAUAGGGGAGUGGCCCACAGGGGAAGGAUCUUCCGAUGGGAGGAACUUCCAUUUGGAAAGCCCCGAAACGGAAGUUACACCUUAUGGGAAAACGGAAAACGUAGAAGGGGCAACCGGUUUAGCAAGUCAAAAUGGUAACGGCUGCGAAAAUACGCUCACAAAUGUGUGUGAAGGAAUACGCAGCAGUUUACCGGAUCAUUACACAGAGAACCUUCUAAGGGAUGUGGCCGAUGGGGUAGACAAGGAUGCAAUUGAUGAUGUGACCAGCCAGGGUACCUUCCCAAACAGGGAAACAACCACAGACAGCAGAGACAACCUCAACAUAGUUAAUAACCAUUCGGAGGGGGGACAAAACGAGUCGAGAAAUGAAAAAAAUAACUUCAUUAAUUUAAUUCUAAACAAUAGAAACAACUGUGACAUAAAACAAAACAGCUAUGUGACUUUGCGAAGUAGCAACCAUGGCAGAAUCCGUAUAAUAAAACAGAACCCACUUUUGGAAAAGGAGGAAUACAUCCACAUUAACAGUCCCAACGAAUUGUUAUGCGAAAUUAGUGAUGAAAUGUGCAAGCACGAAGUCAUUUUCUCGGGAUUAUGUACCAACUGCUUUUUAAACCAGGAAGAGAUUAACAAAAAUAGGAAGGAACAGAAAUAUUUUCUAUCCCCUGGGUUUUUAACCAACGAGAAGGAUCUAUACAUAAACACCGAUAAGGUGAUCGAUUUGGAGAAGGAACGAAUUAGCAACAUUAUUAAGAAUAGAAAAUUGUGUCUGGUUCUCGACCUGGACAACACCCUCCUGCAUGCGUCUUUUUUUGUUAUCUCUAUAAAUAUGAACAGCGAUGUGAUAAACAUAACGACGAAUAUUGACGAGGAGUUGGAAAACGAACUGGGGUGUACAAAAAGUGGUGCCAAAAAUUGUGCUAUCCCAGGUGGUGGUGCUGGCGGUGAAGAGGACCCCGUCGACCACAGCGCCCACCAUCGCAGUGAAGAUGACGACCCUCCGUGCACCGCUCCAGGCGUAACCGAUUCGCCGUUCGAGGAAAACUGUGACCCGUUGGAGGGCAGUUUGACGAACAGCAAGAAGGAGGACAACGUGGAGGUGGAGUUCGAUGCAGGUGCAGAGCAGGAACUCCCUGCCUGUGGUGAUUGCACUGACGAUUGUGAUGGUGAAGGCAAUGACGAAGCCGCUAUACGCCCCGAAAUGAACCAAGAAGAAAUGUACUCCAUUUUCUGCCAAAAGAAGAACAACGGAAUGGAGCACAUGAACAAAUAUCAGGACAUAAAAUCAAGUUACGAAAAUUACUGCGAUUUUCUAGCCAAAAUGAAUACCAUAAAUUUGUUAAAACAUAAUGGAAAAUUUAUACAUUAUGAAAAUUUAAAGGAUAAAAAUAUAAAAAAAAAAGUCGAAAAAUUGGAAAAUUCUGUCCUAAAAACAAAUGUGAAACAUCACAAAGGGGCAUAUACUAUUUAUUACAAAUUAAGACCUGGCGUUAUUCAAUUUUUACAAGAAAUGAAUAAAAAAUAUGAAAUAUAUUUGUACACUAUGGGGACGUUGGAGCAUGCAAAAUCUUGCCUUUUAUUGUUGGAUCCUCUUAAGAAAUUUUUUGGGAAUAGAGUUUUCUCCAGAAAAGACAGCGUCAAUGGGUUGAAACACUUGAACCGAAUAUUGCCCACCUAUCGAAGUGUUUCCCUAUGCAUUGAUGAUAGUGACUACAUGUGGAAGGAAAGCAGCUCCUGUAUUAAAGUACAUGGGUAUAACUACUUUCCAGAGAUUAAUUUUUUAGAGGAUAUUAAAAGGAAGCCCUAUUUUUUAACCAAGUUUUUUGCUAUGGCGCAGUCCUACUUGAAUUUCUCCUCCAACCUUUACGGAUUUAUUAAUUUUAAAUGCAGUGAAUAUGAAAGGAUGAGGAUUCACCGGUUUAAGAGCGUGCUGUAUAGCGAAUGCGCCAGUUGGGGGGUUCCUUACAACGGCUCCAUGGUACAUCGUGGUGCGUACCCCAUGGUCGAUCAGGGAUCCGCAGAGGAGGGUGAGGAUGACCCCUGCGAAGAAGACGAAUUGGACGUACCCUCUGGAACCUCUCCUGGUGACACCUCACACGUGGAUGGAUACCAUUUCGAGGAAAGUAUCUCAGUGAAGGAAGAUGGGGAAGAUGCUUCAGUUGUAGGAAGAGGGAAUCCCCUUAAUGAAAACUGUGACAAUAGUCAUGACGACGAAUUGGACGAAUCCUUCGAAGACAGCUUCAUCGAUUUAGACAAAGAGUUCGAAACGGACAGCGAGGAGGGUGACAUUAGCAUGAUGGAUGGCAAGAUGGACAAUAACUCAUGCAACCUGAAUUUGCAAAACGGUUUGGAAUUUCUUGAUGACACGCAGGAUUAUCCCAAGGGGGAGGAAGAACAACCGCUGCACAGUUUUAGUGAAGACCACGGCGAAAGUACUUUCCUCAUAGGAACGCAAAAUGGAGUUGUAAAAAUGGAUCAUCUUUCGAAUUCUUAUCCAAAUGAUGGUACGUAUGACCGUAUGAACAACCCCAAUUUGUUCUACAUGGAAAAGCCAACUUCGGAAAAUGCAAAUAAAAACUUCUCCCCACAGAGUGACAAUAAUUUUUUCUCUAAUGAAGACGGUUUGAAAGGAACAAUCCAAACCAAUAGUGCCCCCCUAAAUGGUAAAAGCUGUGCAGCUGAUUUGUUCCAAUCGAAAGUUGAGCAGCUUCCUCUGGACGAGGACAACCCGAUGGAUGCACAAUUUGAUACCCCGAACAACCACUGCGCAGAUAAAAUGAAUAGAACAAAUAGCCACAUAAACAGCUAUAUCAAUAUGAACAUAAAUAUUAGUAAACAUAUCGAUAAAAAAAAAAAUAAAAAAAAAAAAAAAAAAAAUAUGAAUGGCGAAAUGGCUAGUAGUAACGUGAAGCACAUUCCCCGCACAGAUGGAGAAAAUACUGCGAACCAAUUUGACCACCACUCAGUUCAUGUAAGGACAUGCGAAAGGUUCAUUCCUUUUGAGGACGAAAUUAUUUACAAGUUCAUUUCGGAGAAGAAUUUUAGGAAGUAUGAUAACUAUGUGGUGGGGUUUCUGCGCAAUUAUUUCAACGGGGGGAGGUGUACCAGGGGGGGUGAACCGGAAGAGGAGGGGUUGGCCGAUGGGGAUGCCACUGCGGAUCCUAACGUUGGUAAUGAGGUAGAUAAUGAGGUGGUUGCAGAGAUGGAUGCUGAUAUAGAUUCUGACUUGGGUGACGGGGAAAGGGGCAGAGAGAAUCCCCAAAGGAGUCACCACGAAAGCAAAGACGAAGCGGAAAUUAAAACGGAAAGGGGGGAUCAUCAACUGGAUGGAGGGGACCAUCAUCCUCGGGGGGGUCAAAUAAUUGGGGAGGCCCCCCCACAGGACAGUGUAAAGAGAGUAGAAAAAAAAAUAAAAAAAACGAUAGUAAAAAAGCUAAUUCAUGUUGACAAUUUAAGGAAAAGAAAAUCUACCAACUUCAGAACGGUCAACAAGAGUGAUGACCCAGGUGAUCCCCCACCACAAAAUGGAAGGAAUAGCGAUGAAAGCAAUUGCAAAAAUGGAGCAUCCAGUGAAAAUGAAUACUACGAAAGCUUUUGUAUUCCCAAGAAUUUCAACGAAGGGAAUUUUAAAGACAAUGAUAAGCAGCUGCAUUAUUUGACAGCCAUACUGGACGAAAUACAUCACAUUUUUUACGAAAUUUUUGAGCAUUUUAAAAUACAUAAAACGAAUGAAAAGAAUGAGGAGGAUCAGAUAUACAAUUACUUUUUGCGUUAUCCUAUCGUAAGGACGAUAUUGAUGGAAUUCCGCAGGCAUGUCUUAAAGGACUGCACCUUCAACGUUUCACAACUGUCCGAUGAGAUACGGAGGAGCGACUUUAUGGACCACAUUUUGAAGUUAGGCGGAAGCAUAAACAAUGAAAACUACACGCACAUUUUAACAGUAAACAAUUUUACAAAAAAUGAAAAUUGGGAAGAUACCCAGGUUACAAAUUUGAUGUGGAUUGAACGAGCCUUGUACACGUGGACGAAGGUCGACACGAAGCAUUACGACAUGAGCUCGUGGGACAAAAUGCACAGGAACUUUUGGGACGUCAUUGAAUAUGAAGAAAAAAAGAAAAAAAAAAUGAACUGA